AUGCAGUUCAUAUCGAAGCUUCUGGACUUUGUGAAGUGUGUCAGAAACAAUCUAACAUGUCAUCAUGUAUUAUAGGAAAGUGAGCAAAGAGAGGAGAUGAGGAAGAAAGGAGAACAAGAAAUAACACUUAAAAGUGUGUGAAAUCCAGAAGAUAAAGAUAUGAAUCGAACUGAGAGUCACAUUUUCUUCUACUUCUCAUUCAUUUUGGCGCGACGUAAGUGACGUCACGGCGUCAACAUGCAAGAUGGCGACGCAUCACAGACAGAAUGCUGCAGGGCGCAGGAAAGUGCAGGUGUCGUAUGUGAUCAGGGAUGAGGUGGAGAAAUAUAAUCGUAAUGGAGUCAACGCACUACAGCUGGAUCCAGUUCUUAACCGGCUCUUCACCGCCGGACGAGACUCAAUUAUCAGGAUCUGGAGUGUUAACCAGCACAAGCAGGAUCCAUACAUUGCAUCAAUGGAGCAUCACACAGACUGGGUCAAUGACAUCAUCCUGUGCUGUAAUGGAAAAACAUUGAUAUCGGCAUCAUCAGACACCACAGUGAAGGUUUGGAACGCACACAAGGGCUUCUGUAUGUCAACGCUGCGAACACACAAGGACUAUGUUAAAGCAUUGGCGUAUGCUAAAGACAAAGAGCUGGUGGCUUCGGCGGGUCUCGACCGACAGAUCUUCCUGUGGGACGUGAACACACUGACAGCACUGACUGCCUCUAAUAACACGGUCACUACAUCUUCUCUCAGUGGGAACAAAGAUUCAAUCUACAGUUUGGCCAUGAAUCAGAUGGGGACAGUUAUAGUGUCCGGAUCCACUGAAAAGGUUCUGAGAGUGUGGGACCCGCGCACCUGUGCCAAACUAAUGAAACUGAAGGGGCACACAGACAACGUCAAAUCACUGCUGUUGAACAGAGAUGGUACUCAGUGUCUUUCAGGAAGUUCAGAUGGUACGAUCCGGCUCUGGUCUCUGGGUCAGCAGAGGUGUAUCGCCACGUAUCGCUUUCACGACGAGGGCGUGUGGGCGCUGCAGGUGAAUGAGGCCUUCACGCACGUGUACUCCGGAGGUCGCGACCGUAAGAUAUACUGCACAGACCUGCGCAAUCCAGACUCCCGCGUGCUCAUCUGCGAGGAGAAAGCACCCGUGUUAAAGAUGGAGCUGGACAGGUCAGCUGACCCGCAUUUGGCCAUCUGGGUCUCCACCACCAAGUCCGCCGUUAAUAAAUGGUCUCUAAAGGGCAUUCAUAACUUCCGAGCGUCUGGCGAUUAUGACAACGACUGCAGCGCACCAAUGGUGCCCCUGUGCACACAGCCCGAGCAGGUUAUUAAAGGUGGUGCCAGCAUCAUUCAGUGCCACAUCCUGAACGACAAGAGACACAUUCUGACCAAAGACACCAACAACAGCGUGGCAUACUGGGAUGUGCUCAAGGCAUGUAAAGUUGAAGACUUGGGCAAGAUGGAGUUCGAUGAAGAGAUCAAGAAGAGGUUUAAGAUGGUUUAUGUGCCGAACUGGUUUUCAGUGGAUCUCAAGACAGGGAUGUUGACCAUCACGUUGGACGAGAGCGAUUGUUUUGCUGCCUGGGUUUCGGCUAAGGAUGCUGGAUUCACCAGUCCUGAUGGAUCAGAUCCUAAACUAAAUCUGGGUGGGCUGCUACUUCAGGCUCUGUUGGAGUUCUGGCCGCGCACACACAUAAACCCCAUGGACGAGGAGACCGACCUCAAUCAUGCCAGUGUAAACGGUGAACAUGAAAGUCGGAUACAGAAAGGAAACGGUUAUUUCCAGGUGCCGCCACACACUCCGGUGAUUUUCGGUGAGGCGGGGGGAAGGACGUUAUUCAGGUUGUUGUGUCGAGACUCCGGCGGAGAGACUGAGUCCAUGUUACUCAAUGAGACCGUCCCUCAGUGGGUCAUCGACAUCACAGUCGACAAAAACAUGCCCAAAUUCAACAAAAUCCCAUUCUACCUCCAGCCCCACUCGUCCUCCGGAGCGAAGACGUUAAAGAAGGAUCGGUUGUCGGCAAGCGACAUGUUACAGGUGAGGAAGGUGAUGGAACACGUUUACGAAAAGAUCAUCAACCUGGACAGCGAGUCACAGACGGGCAGUUCGGCUGCAGAGAAGCCCAGUGACCAGAAAGAGGAGGAGGACGUGGCUGUACUAGCAGAGGAGAAGAUCGAACUGCUCUGUCAAGACCAGGUUCUGGAUCCCAACAUGGACCUGCGAACGGUGAAACACUUCAUCUGGAAGAGCGGCGGCGACCUGACCCUUCACUACCGUCAGAAAUCCACGUGAGAUCCGGCACGCUGUUCUGUCACCAUGGAAACUCCUCCCGGCAGAUUCAUUCCGGACACUUCACAUUCAAAGCACACGCUCACCUGCACUUCCUGGUUCCGUCUGACCUCUAGGUCAUCGUUCUCGCACGGGCCGCUCGGGUCACGCAUGUUUAUCUGGGUUUAAACAGGAAGGAGAAACACUCAUGAACGGCUAACGGACACAAAACAAGUCAAAUUGGCGGGAAAGUCUUCUUUGGAAGUUUGAUUGUGUUUGUGUAUAGAUGCCACUUGUAUGUUUGUUUUAAUUUCCCUUGGCUUGAGAUCUCUCGGUGAAUGCAAUACUGGAUAUAUCAGACAUUUGCUUUUUGGUUUACCACCCUCCCCUCCUCUCCUCCCCUUCACAUUUAACAUUCCAGUGACGUGUUUGUUGCCAACCACGUUAAAAUGCUUCUUGCAGCAAGUCAAAUCAGAGGACUGCGUCUGGAACUGGACUGAAACAAUCCGGCUGCCACCGCUAACAUCCAUUUAUUAGCGUUUUAGAUGACUAAACGUCUGAUUGAACUCUUCGACGUGCUUCAAGAACACCGUUUCCCAUGAUGCAUUUCUCACUGGCGUACUGUGCUCUCAUCAGUGCAUCCGUUAUGUACAUAUAUUGUAAUUAUUUUGUAGUUCAGGAGGUUUUUAUUUACAUUUUAUGUUUUAUAAGAAAAUGUACGGGAUCAUCAAAAGGUGCUUUCAUGUGAAUCAUGACGACGAAAGUCUGGGGAGUAAGAACGGUCAUAAUAUUGAGACUGAGGUUUCACUAAAGCGAUAGUUCACCCAAAAAUGCACAUUGGCUCAUAAUCUAAAGCUAUCCUGUGUGGAAAAGAGCUGCAUGAAGGGAUCGACUGGUUUGGAUCGACAUGAGGGUGAGUAAACGAUGACAGACUCUUCAUUUCUGGGUGAACUGUCCCUUUAAAGUCCCUUGAGUUGCUGCUGACCUUUAUGUUUCCUUCCUGUUAGAGGAAAAACACUCAAAUAAAUGAUAUUAGCUAUGAAAUAUGGAUGGCAAAACUCAUGUUUAUAAUUUAAGCAAAAUAAAAACUCUGUUCUGCACACCUCAAUCAUAAGAAGAGGUGUUUUAGCAAAAUAUAUUCAUAUAUAUGUAAAAAUGAUACUUAUAAUGAUACAAAACCAUCAGGAACUAGAGAAAGCCCCUUUAAUCGGAAGAGUCGGAAGAGAAAAGCUCUUGGGAAGUUUGGAAAGUGUCCAUGUCCACCCUGUAUUUAUGCUUCCUGUGUUGAUGGAUUGUAAUUAUAUGCAGUAUAUUUUGGGUAAGUAACAGCUAAAUAAAUU